UUCAUGGGGUGCCGCAUUGCAUGAAUCGUUCGAAUUUAGUGCCCAUGACGUGUGUGCAAAGGUGCGCAUGGAAGGUGCACCGGUGAGAAUGAUUCGCAUAUGCCCGCGUAUCAAGCGUCCCCCGCAGACGGAGUAACAAGCAACUGUACAUGAGAUAACCAUCUUCGUCUCUCACAAAGCCGUAUUUCUCCCGCCGAAAGAAUGCUACUCCAAUCUCUCUCAUCUCUCCAAAUACCAACCGUCUACUCCUAUUUUCCUUCCCAAAACAACCCUCCCCAUCUCCUCCGCUUCCGACCUUCCUACACUCAAAACCUCAACUACCUCAAGAACCUCGGCAUCAUUUCCAAUAACAAAAAACCACUCCACCACUCCACCACUACCCCCUCCCGCAUCCUCUCCAUCGUAAAUUUCCUCAAAUCCAAGGGCUUUUCCGACCCUCAACUCCAACGUCUCUCCUUCCUCUGCCCUCAGAUCUUCUCUUCCGACAUCUCCGACUCUGCCGACGUCUUCUCAUUCUUAUCAGAUGACCUCUCUGCAUCCCCAUCCCAAUCCAACGGCCUGAUCUCCCGCUGCCCCCAACUCCUCAUUUCCCACGUCGAUUACCGCCUACGGCCCACCCUCAUCUUCCUCCAAGAACUAGGCCUCCAGAAACUCAACUCUCCCACCUCUCUAAACGCCCAUCUCCUGAAUUCCCGCGUCGUGGAUCUUCUUGAGAAGAUCGCGUUUUUAGAGAGCUUGGGGCUUUCGCAGGAGGAAGCCCCGAGGAUUUGCGCACGUCUUCCGGCGGUUUUCGGGUAUAGUGUGGAGAACAAUCUGAGGCCAAAGUUUGAGUAUUUGGUGAAAGAGAUGGGGAGGAGUGUCGAGGAAUUGAAGAGUUUCCCUCAGUAUUUUGCUUUUAGCUUGGAGCGGCGGAUUGUGCCGAGGCAUCUGCAUUUGAAUGAGAGGGUUCGGGUCCCUCUACAGAGGAUGCUGUUGUGGAGCGAUCAGAGGUUUUAUGCAAAAUAG